UCAGGUUUUUUUCCUUUUUCAAACAAUAAUGUUUUAAAUAGUAUUGUCACGUAAUAAUAAUCUGGACUUCUAAGGGAAACUCAUAUGGAUACGCUCGUUGUUCCCGAGCUUACUGUUAAUAACGGUUCAGUCGUGAAUGGAGUAUCUGAUAAUGACAUCACAAUUGUUGUUGACGACGUCGAUGACGUCACGGAUAACGAUGAUGUCAUCGGAGAUUCCGUUACCAUAGAAACACUAACAAAAGAGGAUUUAGGACUUGACGAGGAAGACGGAGACGACGUUUAUGAUGGAUUAAUACGUGAUUUUCGAACAAAGAUGGAUAGCUUGUCUUUCAAACGACUGAAUAGGAGCGAGCUUAGAGCUAAAGCUGCGAGUUUUCGUGCGAUGAAAGAGCAAGGCACUUCAAAAAAUAAAACAACAAGAUUUGAAAGAUCAAAGACAAGCCGACAUGUGAUGUUACCUGCAGUAAAAUUUCAGGAUCUCGACGACGAAGAAGCAUACCGAAGAGAUACUGGCGGGAGUUCUCAUGACCGAAGCCGAGCAUCAAGCGGAGCCAGUACAGCUAGCAAAUCUGCGAGGAGAUAUAAACAACAGCGGUCGCAGAUGAACAGAAAGAAAUCAGUAAUGGGAGCUAUCAUGAAAAGGGGAAGAACAAUGCGCAAAACUUUGCGCGCGAUGCACAUCAACGAAGCUGAUCACCAUGACAGCGACGGAUACGGUUCAGCGCCUCCGACCAAUGAACAACGACUACGUAUGUUCGUUUUGAAAGAAAUAUUAGACACAGAGACGGAAUACUUAAAACUGUUGGAAUUUAUGGUGGAGGUCAUGACCCCUAGUAUCCAGAAGAUGGGAGAAGAUCAAACUCGUGCUCACUCAUGCAAAAAGGAAACUACGUCACAAAUUCUCUCGAAUGUGUCAGAAAUCCAUUUGCUUCACUUUGACUUUCAUAAAGCAUUAGAAGAAGCACUCUCUCCUAUUCCGUAUCAUACUCAUCGCAUCGGAAAAGUAUUUCUAGAAUUCAAAGACAAGUUCAGUGUUUACGAUGAAUACUGCUCCAACUUCACAAGAGCUCAAAAAGUUUGUUACGAACUUGAGAAAGAUCCGGAUUUCCAAGAGUUAAUAACGGAAUGGAAAACCAGCGUUGAAAGUCAGAGUCGAAAAUUUCUACACUUGGAAGGGUUUAUUAUUUCACCUGUUCAACGCAUAUGCAAAUAUCCACUGUUUCUCAAAGAACUCAAAAAAUACACGCCUUCUCAGCAUAAAGAUUUUAAAGACGUCACUCAAGCACAAAAAGUUAUGCAAGAAGUAACACAGUCAGUCAAUGAAAGCGAACGACGACAGAUUAUGGUUCAAGCCAUCAAAGAUAUGGAGAAUAUGUGCGACUCCUGGGAGCAGUCGGGGUUCGUUUCAAAACAAGGAUUCAUGACAAAGCGAGGCGGAUCAGUAAAGUCCUGGUAUAUCCGAUGGUUUCUUCUCAGAGGUUACAAGUUAGCCUACUACAACGAACCCACAGAUCUUCAUCCAAUUGGAGUUCUUGAUUUGACUUCGUACAAGUCUCUUGAACCUGAUGCGUCCCAUGUUGGAAGACCGUAUGCUUUUGGAAUCAAAAUGCCUGAACGCACGUACUAUAUGUACACAACAUCUGAGGAAGAACGGCAGGAAUGGAUUAACAUAUUGCAGUGGAAAUUCGAAGGCAUUGAAAGGAGUCGAAGACAAGCUCAUCGUCCAUUUGAAACCGUUGUAUUUUCAUCGCUCUCUUCUUUCCUACAUCCAAAAAGUCAGCGAGUUGAUUCGUCCGACGACCAACUGGACGAGCCUGAAGAUCCCAAUUGUGAGGUCAUAAACGUCGGUCCAACAAUACUUUCACCUAAAAAAAGCGACGAAGACCAGGUUUUUGAUGACAGUGAUUCGAGCACUACUGACUCGCAAUCUAAAAAAGCUCCAAGGCACAAAUCGCUAUCCACGAGUCUUAACACUUCGCCUAUUGACAAAAAGAUCACUAAAAAGGCGCGUAGAAAAACUGUCACAAACACGAUCGAAAAAUCGCCUUCCAGGGCGAGACGGAUCAGUAACUUUUUUCCGUCAACAAAAAAGAGCAACAAGAAGCGAGUCGGCAGCUCUUGAUUUUAUAAAUUUUUGUUUCAUUGCUAUGAAUGACAUAAAGAACGCGAAAUAUUUAUUUCCGAUACCCCCCUACUGCCCCAUUCAAAGGCGAAUUAGCUGGCGAUAUUUUGGACCAAAUCCUGGCGUGCUCGCUAUUGUCACAGAUAUGGUUUUGCCAUUGUGAUAGUUAGAUCAUAAUACUCAAAAUUCCGGAUUGGUUAUUUAUUUAUACGACAUCUCUACACUUGACAGCAA